AUGAUGCUGAGUCCAGAACAAACUGAUUCAGAUCUACCGUGGAGCCAGUCAGACGCUGAAACAAUGCUGAACGAUAUCAAGGUUGGCUGCAUCACGGACGAGCCCAUGGAGGGAGAGGGCAAGAUGAGGUCUCUGGCCCCGCAAACCCUCAGCAGGGAGGAAAAGAGGAGGCGCAGGCGCGCCACAGCGAAAUACCGUUCAGCCCACGCCACCCGCGAGAGAAUCCGGGUCGAAGCCUUCAACGUUGCCUUUGCCGAACUGAGGAAGCUGUUGCCUACACUGCCCCCUGACAAAAAACUGUCCAAGAUUGAAAUUCUGAGACUAGCUAUUUGUUACAUUUCAUAUCUAAAUCAUGUGUUGGAUGUUUAG